AUGCACUCGAUCAUCACCCACCUCGCGAGUAGAGUAUUCCCUUUAGAUCUCAAAUCGGCUCAGUUCGAACUCGAGCCCAUUGAACUACACGAAUUAUUACAGGAAAGCUGUUUUCUUGUCUUGCUUGUGGUCUUUAUCUGGUACAAACUGAUGAGUAUCUCGGAAACCCCACCCCAGCCUCCAAUGCUGUGCUACGACAUUGACGACGAGUCGCUCCGCCUGGUCCUCCAGAUGCAGUUGAAGGACUUGGAGGAUAUCAAGGAGAGUAGCAAGGGCAAGUGCCGAGUGGACGAGGUCUCUGACCUCGACCUGGCUGUCGAUGCAUACCACGCGGAACUGGAGUCGCAAGCUGUGCUCGCGGCGGAUAGGUGUAUGUGCAAGAGCAUGGUCAAAGCAAAUCAAUCCGACGGUCGUCUCAUUACGAUUCUCACGAAACAGGAGAAUCAGGCCACUCGCGACAGAGAAGCGGCUAUUCGACUCAGCAAAGGGGCAACACUCGGCAAGGACGCGUCUCCUACGAAUCUUCCCGUCUUGUCAGAGGAGUCUUCCGCAAACGCGGAAGAUGAGAUGUUUCUACGAAAGCUCGCAUCUCUCUACGUCUCUGUUGACUAUGGCGAGGAAGGGAACGACGAGGAGGAAGAGGAGAAAGCGGAGGAAGAGCCAGAGUCGUCAUCGUGGGCGGCCUCCAGGAAACAAACCGAUGCGGUAGCGAUUAGACCGACCAGGCGAGAGAAGAAGACAACAUGCGACAGCUGCAAGGAUGCCUACCACCCGGUAGCAGUCGCUCAGCUUCCAUGCAAACACAACUACUGCCGCGACUGCCUGCGGACCCUCUUCGAGCUCUCCCUCACAGACGAGUCGCUCUUCCCGCCGAGAUGCUGCAAGUUGCCUAUCCCCGUGGACGGAGGCCAUGCCAGGGUUCUACUACCCCCGAAGCUGGUAGGAGAGUUCCGGGCAAAGGAGGUCGAAUUUUCGACGCCCAACAGGACGUACUGCCACAGGCCGACCUGCUCCAGAUUCAUCCCCAAGGAGUUCAUCAGAGCCGACGUCGGAACCUGUCCGCAGUGCCAACAGCAGACGUGCACGAUGUGCAAAGGCGCCGAGCACGGGAACCAAGACUGCGCGCAGGACACACUGAUGCAGGCGCUUCUAGAAGUCGCCGCCGCCAACAAGUGGCAGCGCUGCUUCUCCUGCCGAAGGAUCGUGGAACUCAACCACGGGUGUUACCACAUGACCUGUCCCUGCGGAUCCGAGUUCUGUUACCUCUGCAGCCUGCGGUGGAAGACAUGCACCUGUGAUCUUUGGAACGAGGAGCGGCUCUAUGCCCGCGCUAACGUGCUUGUGAAUCGGGAGGCCGGCGCAAUUAACUUGAACGCCGCGGCUAGAGCUCGACGCGUCGAAAGAGAGGCGCGCAACCUCGUCGCACAUCACGAAUGCACUCACGAUACCUGGAUGCGCCGCAACGGUAGUUUUCGAUGUGAGGAGUGUCGCGACAGAUUACCAGAGUACAUCUAUGAAUGUGCCGACAUAAUCGACUCUGAAUCUGACGCUCUCCCAACUGAGCUAUGUCCGCCGCCUUUGAUUGUUAAUUUUCGGGAGCUCCGCAGCUGUAGUAGUGUUGCGCGUGGGCCCGGGCCCGCAGCCGGAGGCCCGGAGAAGAGAGUGGUGCCCUUCGUACCCAAGGGCAUCUUCCACGCCGACCUCACGCCUCCGGGUAUCGUGAGAGACCCUGCAGUCAGUCUCUUCUUGCGUCGGAAUUCCUGA